AAUUUAUUCUCUCUCGAGCUUCAAAGUUUUGAGCUUAGAGCUCUCUGCGAAAAACAUGGCGUCUUCCUCAGCGACGCUCUCUCUCUGCUCUGCUUUCUCUUCUCAUUGCAAUGUUGCCUCUCGCCGUUCGAGCGUUAUUCUUGGUUCUAUCUCUAAACCUUCGGUUAAUCUAGUCAAACCUGUGAUUGGGUUCCUUUCUCCUUCCACUGCGUCGACGUCUCGACCUGCAUUCCCCGUCGCUCCGAAAUUCGCCGAAUCAGUCGUUGAGGCUAAGCCGGAAACUACCGAUGUUGAAGCUGUAGUGGUUUCCGAUGUCGCGGAGGACAAGCCUAAACGAGAAGAGAUUUUCGCUGUUGUUAUGGUUGGUGGACGCCAAUACAUAGUUUUUCCAGGAAGGUAUCUCUACACUCAGAGACUGAAAGAUGCAAAUGUCGAUGAUCAGAUUGUUCUGAACAAAGUGUUACUUGUGGGCACAAAAACACACACUUACAUCGGCAAACCGGUCGUGACCAAUGCCACUGUACAUGCCGUAGUGGAAAAUCAAGGUCUGAAUGAUAAAGUCGUAGUCUUCAAGUACAAACCAAAGAAGAAGUACCGUAGAAAUAUCGGUCACCGACAGCCAAAUACGAGGAUUAGGAUUACAGGAAUCACAGGGUAUGAAGAGUAUCCAGCAUCGCCCAAUGUUGCGGUUUAAACUGUGUUGAGAAGUAUAGUAGGAUCUUUGAAAAAAAUAUGCUUCUUGAAUGUUGAUUUUCUGUUCUUCUCUAUGUAGUUCUGUAAAACCAGACCCUUUCAUUUUCUACUGAAAUGCCUUACUUUAAGGGAAUGUAAACCCCAGCUUUGAUCAUUCUUUGGUUUUAGGUCUGUUACAAA